AUGAGGAGGGUGAGGGGAUAUGCGAAGGAAGUGUUUCAUGUCUCUGAAAGCCGUUCACCCCGUUCACCUGUUUGCCCCCUUCAAUCUUUAUGUAUCCCCGCGAUUUCAAUUGCAAUCGUAGCGGCCUCCAUUGCGAAGGUGACAUCUAUAUCUUGGAGCGUCGACUCGAAGAGACUUUCGACCGUUGGCGCGGACAAGAUAGUGCAGCUUUUUGACGAGCAGGGCUCCAAGGUGGAUCGCUUCAGCACCAAGCCUGCUGACAAGGAGCGCCGCACCUACACGGUCAAGGCCAUCGAAUUCUCGUCAGACGGCUCCAAGCUGGCGGUCGCGCAAAGCGACAACAUCGUGUUCGUCUACAAGCUGGUGGACAAGAAGUCCAUCUGCAACAAAUUUCCUCAGACCUCCAGCGUGACGUGCUUGUGCUGGCCAAGCCAGCAGCCGAACCAGGUCGCGUUCGGGCUUGCAGACGGCAAGGUCAAGGUGGGACAGUUGAAGGCAAACAAGGCGGUCAUCAUCUACCAGACCGACUCGUUUGUCGUGUCCAUGAGCCCUGGCCCCGACGGCAACUCGCUGAUCACCGGGCACCUGGACGGGAGCAUCUGCCGUUUCUAUUUCGAGACCGAGCAGGACCCCCGCCCCACCAUGACGAAGAUCGCGUGCGUGCCGGGGUCGGUCCCGUCGGCGCUGUCCUGGGGCUACGCUGGGAUCGUGGCGGCGGGCAACGACCGCGCGGUGCGGUUCUGGGACGCCGAGGGCAGAGAGGGCCAGACGUUCGACUACAGCUCCGAUGCGAAGGUCAAGGAGUUCACGGUGGCGGCCUUCAACCCCUCCGGAGAGUCCGUCGUGCUCGGGAACUUCAACAGGUUCUUUGUGUUUGCCUGGCACGCGAAGAACCGCGAGUGGACAGAGGUGGUCCAGCGCGAGGUCCCGAACCUGUAUUCUGUUACCGCGUUGGCCUGGAGAGCCGACGGCUCCAGGCUCAUCGUGGGCUCGCUGUGCGGCGGCGUCGACAUGUUCGAUGUGUGCAUCCGCCGAUCCCGCUACCGCGGCACGCACGAGUUCACGUACAUAUCGUUGAGCCAGGUGAUCGUGAAGAGCCUCGCGACCGGCGCCCGCAUCGUGCUCAAGAGCAAUGUGGGGUUUGAGAUAAAGAAGAUCAACAUUUACCAGGAGCGCUUCCUCGUCGCCCACACCCCAGAGAGCAUGCUGCUAGGUGAUCUACAGACUUGCAGGUUGUCAGAGAUCCCGUGGCACUCCACUGGCAACGAGAAGAUCUUCUUUGAGAAUCCCACAGUCUGCAUGAUCUUCAAAGCUGGCGAGCUCUCAUUAGUAGAGUAUGGAUGCAACGAGGUGCUCGCAUGCUGCCGCACGGAGCACAUGUCCCCCCAUCUCAUCAGUGUACGUAUUGCCGCCCCCGAAGACAUGCAGUAUGCUCGGAGUGGCGCCGAUAUGAAGGUCAUCGCAUACCUUCUCGAUCUCAUGACCGUGCGGAUCUGUGACAUCACCACGAAUCAGACACUGGCAACAGUUUCGCACGACAACCGCAUUGAUUGGCUCGAGCUCAAUCCGAACACCGCGAACAAGUUGAUCUUCCGCGACAAGAGGCGCCAGCUCUAUCUUUUCGACAUUGAGACCCAGCAGCGGACCACUCUACUGAACUACUGCAACUACGUGCAGUGGGUCCCAGAGAGCGAUGUCGUGGUGGCUCAGAAUCGCGGACAGCUCUGCGUCUGGUAUUCCAUCAACGCACCUGAUCGGGUCACGCUGCACGAGAUCAAGGGUGACAUUGAGGACAUCGAGCGGGCCAACAGUCGCACGUGCGUGAUUGUCGACGAAGGGGUCAACAUGGUCGAGUAUGAGCUCGACGAGGGCCUCAUCUCCUUCGGCUCCUGCCUGGAGCGGGAGCAGUACGCCAAGGCGGUGGACUUGCUGGAAGAGCUGCCCCUCACGCCCGAGACAGAGGCUAUGUGGAGAUCUCUCGCCGACGCGACGAUGGAGCACUACAAUCUGCCCGUCGCGGAGAGGUGUUAUGCAGUACUUGGUGACGUCGCGAAAAGCCGGUACCUGCACCAUGUGAACGAGAUGGUUCAGGAGCACGCCGCCGAGAUGGGCGGCGAGGGGUCCCACUACUACAUGGCGCAGGCGAAGAUGGCGAUGUUGGCCAAGCAGUUCCAGCGGGCGGAGGCCAUCCUGCUGGACAACAAUGAGCUGGACGAGGCGCUUGCCAUGUACCAGGAACUGCACAAGUACGACGAGUCCAUUCGCCUAGCCGAGCGGAAGAACCACCCGAAGGUGGGGCACCUCAAGGUCACCUACCUGCAGUGGCUGAUGUCCACCCAGCAGGAGGAGAAGGCCGGUGCGCUCCAAGAGCAGGAGGGCGACUACGUCAGGGCGAUCGAGCUCUACCUGAGGGGCGGCAUGGCCGCGAAGGCCGCCUCCGUGGUCCAGCGGAACAACGGCAGCUACUCGCAGGAGCUUCUGCAGAAGGUGGUCCAGGGCUUGGCCUCCGCGUCUAUGUUCGACCGGGUCGGGGAGCUCUACGAGCGCAUGGGCCACCUGCCGAACGCCAUGGAGGCGUACCGCAGGGGGCAUGCGUACAGGCAGGCCAUCGAAUUGGCCAAGCAGUUCCAGCCUGCGCUCGUCGUUCAGCUUGAGGAGGAGUGGGGCGACUGGCUCUCCUCGCAGCGCCAGG